GACCUGCACUGUCUCGGGGAAUCCCUGUGGGAUGAUGCUAUGUGUCCCGCCGCCCGCGGCAACCUCAACUGCGGCCACGAAUUCCAGGACUGGCUGUCCGGCGGCCUCGACUGGACCUCCCGCUUCGAGCUCCGCGCCACUCCCCUAGGCGUCGGCGUCUUCGCCAAAACGCAGUGGCAGAGGGGCCAGAUACUAGGCGCCUACACCGGGCGCGUGAUCCCGGCGCCAGACGGAAAGAAGAAAAAGUCGCUGGCGUAUUGUCUGAACAUCCCCAUUGGUAAGCGAGCAUCGAAGCGUGGUAAGAGUCGGCAUGAUGAGGCGUGGCCAAAAGCGAUGAUUGAUGCGGAGACAAAGGGUAAUUGGACGCGGUUUAUCAACCAUAAUUGUGAUGCUAAUACGCAUUUUGAGUACUUUAGGGUCGGGAAGCAGAUUGUGAUGGUGCUGGAGGCGACGAGGACGAUUGAUGCUGAUACGGAGAUCACGACGGAUUAUGGGGAGGGGUAUUUUGAGCAGGCGGGGUUUGGGUGUCGCUGCUGGAGUAAGAGUUGUAUGAGUAAAAAGUUUCCGAAGCAAAGGAUUGAGAAGAGGAGGAGUGUCACCAGUGGGUGUCUUGAAGCGGACAUGUCGAGACGUCGAAGUUAAGAUGAUGGCAAGCCGGUCAGAGUAACCUUCGUACAGGCAGGCAGAUAGAUACCUUUCAAUGUUUAAAGGUAAGCUAUUAGCGGGUAAUCACUGCCUCUUUCUUUUUUUGGAGGCUUUUGGCCUGCGAGGUAGGUCCGAGAUGUCGGUCAUGACUGGCUCAUUCCUAAUGUUCUUCUUGUAUUGUUGAGAGAUGUUCAUUAGCAAGUACUGUCUAAUAAACUUGGGUAUCGUAUCUCUUAUGUUCAGUUCUUUGGUUCCUCACUGCCCUUAACCCCACAAAGAUGAAUCAUUUGAGCAACCAUUCAAUUUACAUUGCUCAUACCCAUGAGAGGUUAUAUACAAA